GGAGAGGUUCAAGUGUGAAGAUCCAGGAAGGAAGUCAGAGAUGUCAGCGGUCAUCGUCGUGCACGGCGGGGCGUGGGCCAUUCCAGACCACCUGGCCGAGGCCUCUGUUGAUGGAGUCAAGGCUGCAGCAUGUGAGGGGUUUUCUCUGCUGAAAAGUGGAGGAACUGCAGUGGAGGCUGUGGAAGCAGCUGUGAGGGCGCUGGAAGACAACACUGUAUUCGAUGCAGGCCACGGAGCAGUACUAAACACAGAUGGAGAAGUGGAGCUGGAUGCCAUCAUCAUGGAUGGAAAGACGCUGGCCUGUGGUGCUGUGUCUUGUGUGAAAAACAUUGCCAACCCGGUGUCACUGGCACGAGCGGUGAUGGAGAAGACCGCCCACGUCAUGUUGACAGGCAGAGGUGCGAACAUGUUUGCAGAGAGCAUCGGCGUGGCCACAGUCCCCCCCGAGACUCUGGUGACGGAGAACGAGAGGAGGGAGUGGGAGAAGCAGAAGAAUUAUUCCACUGGAGUGAUGGAGGAAUUUAACUCUCAAUGGGCCCAUGAUACAGUUGGAGCAGUUGCUGUGGACGGUGCUGGUAAUGUUGCAUGUGCAACAUCAACUGGAGGGAUCAGGAAUAAAAUGGUUGGCAGAGUAGGAGACUCUCCGAUUAUUGGCUCUGGAGGAUAUGCAGACAACUGCAGUGGUGCAGUGUCUUGUACCGGUCAUGGAGAGUCCAUUCUUAAAGUCACAUUGGCCAGACUCAUUCUUUCACAUAUUGAACAAGGUAAAUCAGUGGCAGACGCCUCACAGUUGUCUCUGAGGUACAUGGGCGAGCGUGUUCGAGGUGCCGGGGGUGCGAUUGCAGUUUCUCCAUCAGGGCAGUGGGCAGCCACGUUCACCACAGAGCGAAUGGCUUGGGCAGCAGUGGAAGAGGAUGUUCUGUGGUUUGGAUUAGACCCAGAUCAAAGAUUAAAAGAGCAUUUUUCCAAAUAA